GGUGGUGGUGAGGACUGGAGCGAGUCGAGGGUGAGUCAUUUUGGAAGGCUCGCAUCCACUCCUCCCAUCGUUAUCCCAAUAAAGAAGCCGAAGCCUCUUUCUUUCUUUCCCUCCCCAUAACCAUUAUUAACCAGGGAGGAGGAGAAAAUUCCCCCCUUUUGACUUGACCAUUGAUGCGGAGUGCCCCCUCUUCUUCUAUUACGAUCCUGAUGACGACGACGACGACGACGAUGGUGUUGGUGAUCACGAGCUGACUGCCGAGCGAUUGCCGUUUCGAUCAGAUUCUUUCUUUCGCCUUUGGGAACUGCAUUACCGGGUUGGGCAUCUCUCUGCAUAAACUUUUGUCCCUGUAAGGUGAUGGAGUGUAAUCCUCAUCCAUUUCUGGUUUCAGCUCAAACUGACCAAGCAGUCUUGUCCAAGAUCCAUAAUGGACCUGAGAAGGCAUAGUCCCUCGGUUCAACUUACUGCUCAGACAUACAACCGAUAAAUAUUGAAUGAGAGUCUCACUUGAUGGCGCCCAUAGGGAUGUCCAACAGGACAAUUGAGGCUGUAGGCUUUUUCAGGAAACGAAAUGAAAUUGUCAUUAUUAUUCUAUCCAUGUGGAAACACUUCUCAGCAAGGGCGGAGCAGUGUAAAAGAGGAUGAACCCGAGCUAAAGGGAUUGUAGAAGAGUCUGUGACAAGUGCACACUUGAAUUAUAAAUGGCAUUGCCCCCGACAUUCUUAUAACAAUAUAGCACUGGUAAGCACAUCUGUGCAGGCUACAUCUCUUGUUGCUGGUGCACACAAUCAUGACAUGACUGCAGUGCAUGAAGGGAAGCUCGGGAACUGGAUACGUGUGAAUAUGGCUCCGGCUUCCUUUUCUUCUGGAGAACUGCAAAGGAAAUCUAACUUCGAGAUUUCAAGGAAUCCAGAUGACUUGUACAAGCAUAAAGACAAUAAGUGGGAGGAGCAAAGUUUGAGAAUUAACGCCAUCGAUCAACAUGAGUGGUUGCAUGGUAAAAGGGGGCAGAUUACUCGAGCACCUGUUGUUAGGAUUGUGGGUUUUGAAUUGGGACCACCAGAUUUUCUGUCAGAUAUGGUUAAUGGAAACCCGUCUUUAUUCAGUCAGGUUGAUAGACCAGGGAGGACAAAUGAGGGGUCUGGCUCCCUAGCCAGGAAGCGAGUCUUGUCCCCUCCGAAUGGAAUGCUUCUCCCAGACCAAUUUGAUGGUGACAUUUUAGAUAUUGGCCAAAGCAUAUCUGUAAAUGGUAGUUCUCAAAAUGGCAUCUCCUUAAUGCAAGAACCUAAAAAAGCUCAUAUUGGCAAUUCUGGCGAUUCUGACUUCACUAUCCGGUCAGCGGACCAUCUUUCAAAGCGGAAGAAUCCACUUGGAGAUGACUGCAGAGAAAGUUCCAUUCCUCUUACUGAUGGCCCUUUGCUUGAGAAAAUGGCAAUGCAGUCUAAAUCUUCUACAUUUACUCCUGGAACGAAUCAUAUGAGAGGAACAACUGAGGUAAGGUCCUCAUCAGUUGCCAUAGACAUACCCAGGGAAAAGGCAGUCUCACCUCCAUUAUCUCUGUCUCCUCUGGGGCCAAAACCUUUUGAUAGGAUGAGAUCCACAAGCGGAUGCAAAAGCAUUCCAAAGAAUUUUGAGGAUGACUGUACAGCCUCAAAGGACAUGGAAAUGUUGCUCGAUGGAGCUUUGGCCAAUGUUUUAUCUUCUGAUGUGGGGAUGGACUUUCAGAAUACUCAAUUUUUGCACAAAAAUAAUUCAAUACCCAAAGAAUUCGUUUCCUUUACAUCAGAGAGCACCACUGGGUGUGGAAAGCAUCGUGGUCCUGAUUUAAAGUAUAACUCUCAAUGUUGCAAAUUAGUUCAGUUUCCAGUUAGAAGAUCAUUAGUGGGUUCAUUUGAGGAGUCCCUCUUGUCAGGUCGGCUCUCAUCGUGUAAAGUCAACCAGAGAAUUGAGGGUUUUCUCGCUGUUCUUAAUGUCACUGGUGGUGAUUUUUCUCCCAAAGUGCAGAAACUUCCGUUUGCAGUCACCAGUGUAGACGGAGAUAACCACUUACUGUACUACUCUUCUAUAGGUCUCUCUGAUACCUUGGCAGCUGACGUUUGUGAGGGAGCAAAACUAAAGAGAAGCAAGAGUGCGAACAGUUCACAAGAAGAAAAGAGCUCCCUGCGUAUACCCAUGAAAGGCCGAAUACAACUGAUUCUUAGCAACCCAGAGAAGACACCUAUCCACACGUUUAUCUGUAACUAUGACUUAAGUGACAUGCCAGCAGGUACAAAGACCUUCAUGCGUCAAAAAAUCAUGUUAGCAUCUUCUGGAUCGAAUCCUAAGGUGGAAAAUGGAAGUCUGAGAGACACUGGUGCAAAAGUUGAUUUUAAGCCGUCUGCAAUUAUACAUUCUUCACAGCCCAGCAAUAAUUAUUCGAAACUAGAUAAUAUUAAAUAUGUGAAAACAUCAGCAAAGCCAAAUAAAGAGUUGAAGGCAAAAGGCUCUGGCUGCAUCGAUGAUCUUCCGCAUCACUUGAGAAAAUUCGCCAUGAAUGAUGAUGAGCCUGCAAAGACUGACGAUGGGAGCUCCCAAUCAGAUACAAAUACAAUACCUACUAGUUCAUCAAAGGUCAAUCAGGUCCCUGGUGUUAGAGGCUCUUUGCGUUAUGCCCUUCAUCUCCGGUUUUUUUGCCCAUUUUCCAAGAAAUUCAGGUCUGUACGGAGGUGCAACUCUGAUCCAUCAUCUGCUCCAGCUGGGGAAAACAAUUGCAACGAUGGGCCACGGCGAUUCUACUUGUACAAUGACUUGAAAGUUGUCUUCCCUCAACGGCAUUCAGACUCAGAUGAAGGCAAGGUAUAUGUCACCUCAUUUGCUGAAAUAGGUGCACUGGCUUGGGCUACAGCUGGAUUUGUAUGGGUGUAGGCUGUGGUUUGUCUGUUAUUAAUCUCAUGUCUCCGGCCAUGUUGCGGUGUUAUGAUUUCUCCAUAAAUUCUUUCCGGUCAUUGAUAAUUUUUAGCUUUCGCAUAGUCCUUAUGCAAUUUAAAAAAAUGAAGAGAAUUUGAAUAAAUCGGGUCUGGUAUCAGUUUCAUGAGUCCCCUGCUUCCAUGGUCAAUGGAAUUGAUCUCAUCCGUAAUUUCAUCUACAAUCAUUACUUAAAGUAGCUGAUUUUGGAUUGCAGUUGCACGUGGAGUAUCAUUUUCCAUCAGAUCCAAAA